AGAAUGACUUGGAGGGUCGCACUAUCUGCAUAUGCAGUGGCCCUGACCUGAUCAAUCUCACAUUCACGUUCAUGGUUGCCCAGAAUGUCAAUGUUACCAAGGUAGCCUCUCUCUCCCCGUGUCAUGCUGUAAGCAGUGUAUUUCAGAACUAUGCCUGACCUACCAGAGCUCUCUCUUUCUCUCUCAAUCCCCCCCCCCCGUCUCUCUCUCCCUCGGGUGGGGGCGGGGGUGGGGCAGACGUGCAGCCUCCAGCUGAGACAGCUCAUUUGUCACGGCGUCUCUCGGCGGCGUCAUGUAACCCAAGACCAAAUCCCCUGAAACAGAAACACUAUGGCCCAGAAGCCCGCCACCCACCCCAGGGGACGGCAUUUAAUGUACCUCUGUUGGGCCAGCGGACAGCUGCUCUGUCAGUGGACACGUACAGGCUCGCAUUUUGCUUGGGUUUGCCUUGAUUUUUCCAUUUUGUGCUCUUUUUGAAACAUGUGGUUAAUUCAUUACUCUCCCACCCAGGAAGAAAGAGAGGCUCGUCUUGGAUGUACUGCAGGGGUCGUUCACCUCGGAAUGCUACAUGCUGUCUCCAGCAGCGCCAUCAGUGGACUGAGGGCUUGAGGUCACUGAUUCACAACUUCAGGGCCAACAACGUGUGCCCCAUGACAUGCCUAAGGAAACAUUGGAUGAGGCUGUCAUUUCUUACAAAUGUGAAUGGAAAGAUUCCAGUGAGAAGUAUUACAAGAACCUUUGCCUCAGGCAAAACUGAAAAAGUAAUCUUCCAAGCACUGAAGGACUUAGGUCUUCCCGGUGGAAAGAAUGAUGAAAUUGACCACUCUGUGUUUACUUUCGAUAAGUUUUAUGCACUCACACAAAAGAUCUGUCCCAGAACUGACAUUGAGGAACUCUUCAAGAAGAUAAAUGGUGGCAAAAGUGAUUAUUUAAACGUAGACCAAUUAGUCUGCUUUUUAAAUGAAAGUCAGCGAGAUCCACGGCUCAAUGAGAUUCUGUUUCCUUUCUACGACGCCAAGCGAGCCGUGCAGAUAGUGGAGAGAUAUGAGCCCGAUGACAAGCUGAAAAGAAAAGGCCUUAUGUCGAGCGACGGCUUCUGCCGCUACCUGAUGUCAGACGAGAACGCCCCCGUCUUCCAGGAUCGCCUGGAGCUCUACCAGGACAUGGAGCAUCCACUGGCCCACUAUUUCAUCAGCUCCUCGCACAACACCUACCUGACAGGCCGCCAGUUUGGGGGGAAGUCCUCGGUGGAGAUGUACCGUCAGGUGCUCCUGUCAGGCUGCAGGUGUGUUGAACUUGACUGCUGGGAUGGCAAGGGUGAGGACCAGGAGCCUAUUAUCACUCAUGGCAAGGCCAUGUGCACAGAAAUCCUCUUCAAGGAUGCUAUUCAGGCCAUCAAGGAAACUGCCUUUGUGACAUCUGAGUACCCUGUCAUUCUGUCCUUUGAGAACCACUGCUCCAAGCCUCAGCAGUACAAGUUAGCCCGAUACUGUGAAGACAUUUUCGGGGAUCUGUUGCUCCGGGAGCCGCUGGAAGGCUUUCCAGCUUCUGAGUUGGAGCCCGGCUGCCCUCUGCCCUCUCCCCGCGACCUCAAGAGGAAAAUCCUCAUUAAAAACCGAAGAUCCAAACCAGAGGUCGAGCAGAAGGAACUGGAGGAUUUUAAGAGGAACAGGGACGCAGGUCCCAGUGCCAAGGAGAAUGAAGACGAACCAUUUAGUGACGGUGUGGAUGAGGCCCACCCAGAGCUUCAGCUGGGGAUGCCUUUCUGCUCCAGUGAGCCGAGCGGUGUGACCCAGGUGGACAGCGGCGGGGAAAUGACACAGGAUGAAGUGGAGAUAUUAGAAGCCCCUGAUCAAGAGAACGGCAAAAAGGUCGGUGAAACAAACGUGGACGAGCUGUACAUCAUCAACAGCUACCACUACGUCGCAGCCACGACCAACGUCCACCCCUACCUCUCAUCGAUUGUCAAUUAUGCCCAGGCUGUGAAGUUUCUGGGCUUUGAAGUAGCAGAGGAGAACAACAUCCAUCACAACAUGUCCUCGUUCAACGAAACGGUCUGCCUGGGACUGCUGAAGACGAGUGCCAUUGAGUUUGUGAACUACAACAAGCGGCAGAUGAGCCGCAUCUAUCCCAAAGGGGGCCGGGUAGACUCCAGUAAUUACAUGCCUCAGAUCUUCUGGAAUGCCGGCUGCCAGAUGGUGGCUCUGAACUUCCAGACCCCAGAUCUGGCUAUGCAGCUCAACCAGGGCAAGUUUGAGUACAACGGCUCAUCCGGGUACCUGCUGAAGCCAGACUUCAUGCAGCGGCCCAAUCGGAUGUUCGAUCCGUUCUCCGAGACCCCGGUGGACGGGGUGAUAGCCGCCACGUGCAGCGUUCAGUUGUUCUCUGGUCAGUUUCUGUCGGACAAAAAAAUUGGGACGUACGUGGAGGUGGACAUGUACGGACUGCCCACAGACACCAUCAGAAAAGAAUUCAGAACAAAGAUGGUGAUGAAUAAUGGACUCAACCCAGUAUACAACUCAGAACCUUUUGUGUUUCGAAAGGUAAUCCUGCCAGACCUGGCCGUGCUGAGAAUAGCUGUGUAUGAUGACAACAAUAAGCUGAUUGGCCAAAGGAUUCUCCCCCUGGAUGGGCUGCAGGCGGGCUACCGACACAUCUCGCUGAGAAAUGAGGGCAACAAGCCGCUCUCGCUGCCCACCGUCUUCUGCAACAUCGUCCUCAAAACAUAUGUGCCCGACGGCUUUGGGGCCAUCGUGGAUGCAUUGUCUGAUCCAAAGAGGUUCUUAUCCAUCACUAAGAAGAGAGUGGACCAGAUGAAGGCCAUGGGGAUUGAGGAGUGUGACAUCGUGGACGUGCCGAGCGACAGCUCCAAGAGCGAUAAAAGGAGGAAGGUGAGCCAGGUGAAGGCCAUAGUCAGCCCGUGUGAGAGCGCCCAGCUCUGCCACAACUCCUCGUCCACUCAGCUCGCCGGCUCCGCCACAGCGGGAGAUACAGCCCUGCUGGUGCAUCCAGUCAGCGUGGAUGACUUGAAGCAAAUGAAGACCUACCUCAAACUUUUGAAAAAACAACAGCGUGAGCUCAGUGCCUUAAAGAAGAAACAUGCAACGGAGCAGUUGGUAAUGCAGAGGGCCCACAGCACGCAAGUGGACAAAAUCGUGACUCAGCACACCAAGGACAAGGGCACUCUGGACAAACAGCUGGAAAAAGCCAUUAAGAAAGCGGGUGAGAAGAACAGCUCCGAUCUGAAGAUGGAGACAGACUUUAAAAUCCAGGCCAUAACCACAGAACACAAAGACAAGGUGAGGGAGCUGGUGUCCCAGCAGUCCGUGGAGUGGUCAGCGCUGACAGGCAGCCACGGCGCCGAGGGCCAGGCACUGCGCGACCAGCACGUGCUGCAGCAGUGCGAGCUCCUCAAGGCGCUGCUCGCCUCGCUCCAGCAGCAGCACCGCCAGCAGCUGCAGCUCAUCCACGACCGGCAAGGCAAAGAGAUCCGAGUCAAGCAAGCCAAGUCCUCAAUGGAGAGCGGCAAAGCUAUCAGUCAAGAUAAAAGCAUCAAAAAUAAGGCAGAGCGAGAAAGGCGGGUACGGGAACUGAACUGCUGCAACACGAAGAAGUUCUUGGAGGAGAGAAGAAGGCUCUACAUGAAGCAGUCCGGGGAGACGGAGCAGCUCCAGAGAGCCCAGCGAGAACAGCUGGACGAGCUGGAGAGGUGCAUCGAGCAGCUCUUGCGAUCACAUCACUCCAAGCAUCACUGUGAAGCUCACAAAGAUGCAGAGGAAGAGGAAAGGCAACAGGCAAGCCACAGUGAUGCAACAAGCAGUCAAACAUAAUGAAGAUUGCAUGUUCUGUACAAUACAGAUCACACACACAUACACACACACACACACACACACACACACACACACACACACACACACACACACACACACACACAUACUCACACACAGCUUUCAUUCAUUUGUUGUAAUGUCACAUAAAAAUCUGAUUGCAUUUAUUUAUGCUAUUUUCAUGUUUGCAUGUUGUUACUCAAAAUGUUACGUUGUCACCUGCAUUUUAUUUGCUUUCCAUCUUUGGCUAUGAACCUGUAACCUUUGGAAAUAGGAUUUUUCAUUGCUGAUAAUGGCAUUUUUAAGGUUGAGGGAGUGAAGUAAGCCACCAAAGUCUCUUUGAGUUCCAAUGUAAUUUCAACACUUAAACCUUUAUUGAACUAAUUGACCAGAAUUGAGCCUCUCUGAUCUUCCUCUUUGGCAUUCAGAAGCCUGUACAGGCUUGUGGUCAAAUAGUAACACUUUUAGGACGUUUCACUGUGAUCUCAGAUUUUAGUCUGUUUUAUUCUUUCUGCCUUUUGUAGCCAAUUUUAUACUGUUGUUUUUUACCCCCAAGGGUAGCCCUGUUUAAGGCUUACCAUUUUAUAUUUUAAAGUUGAUAAUGUAUUCUUUCUGUGUAUUUUUUAUUUUGGGACUUAUUGUCAACCUGAGAAAAGAGUGUGUCCUAUUCCAAUUUAAACAGACUGUUUGUACUCACAUGCCAUUUUAGUAUUCUGCCCAUGGUCUGAGUAAGCUGGUACUUUGAUGCCAUUGCCAGCUAUUACAACACUGUUUAUUAAUGCCAAGCUACAUAUAGCAGUAGCCAUGUGGCAUGUAGAAAGCAUCACACUGUACCUCCAAACAUCAUUAUGGCUGACAAUAAAAUGUCCUUGUAAAUUUAC